AUGCCCAGUGUGGGAGACGCUCCUCCGGACAUGAUGCAGUCCAUCCUCAGCGACUCGGACUCCAGACUGUAUGGAGUGGACGCCUGCAACAAGACUCAGACUCAGUUUAUAAUUCCUUUCAGAGUUCACGACAGCCGCCUGCCUCCUCAAGACUGCUUACCAGCUACGCCGCGCCGCGGCCCAAAAGUGCGUCGCAAGCAAGUGCGAGACAAACGCAAGUGCGACAACCAAGUGCACAAACGCAAGUGCGAGACAAACGCAAGUGCGAACAAACGCAAGUGCGAGACAAACGCAAGUGCGAGACCAAACGCAAGUGCGACACGCAAGUGCCAAACGCAAGUGCGAGACAACAACGCAAGGCGAGCCAAACGCAAGUGCGAGACAAACGCAAGUGCGAGACAAACGCAAGUGCGAGACAAACGCAAGUGCGAGACAAACGCAAGUGCGAGACAAACGCAAGUGCGAGACAAACGCAAGUGCGAGACCAAACGCAAGUGCGAGACAAACGCAAGUGCGAGACAACGCAGUGCGAGACAAACGCAAGUGCGAGACAAACGCAAGUGCGAGACAAACGCAAGUGCGAGACAAACGCAAGUGCGAGACAACGCAAGUGCGAGACAAACGCAAGUGCGAGACAAACGCAAGUGCGAGACAAACGCAAGUGCGAGACAAACGCAAGUGCGAGACAAACGCAAGUGCGAGACAAACGCAAAGUGCGAGACAAACGCAAGUGCGAGACAAACGCAAGUGCGAGACAAACGCAAGUGCGAGACAAACGCAAGUGCGAGACAAACGCAAGUGCGAGACAAACGCAAGUGCGAGACAAACGCAAGUGCGAGACAAACGCAAGUGCGAGACCAAACGCAAGUGCGAGACCAAACGCAAGUGCGAGACCAAACGCAGGUGGCGCUGUACAAUCCCGAGCCAGAAGGAAGCCACAGUCCGGCCAGUAUGGGAGGCAGCCUCAGCAACAGCCUAUCAGAGCAGAGCAUGUCCUCAGUCACAAUCAACAACAUCAACAACAUCAAUAAUCUCAAUAAUCUGAACAACAUGUCGACGGCGGGAGGCAGUGGGAGCAGCGCACACGGCUACACUCCGGUGAGCAGCCACUCAGACCCCCCACAGGCUCCUCCCUCGACCUCCCAGGCUCAGUACGGUCUUCCUGGGCUCCCGGUCUCAGACUCCGCCAGGGACAAGGCACUCUGCUUCUCCGACUUCGAGGACCUCAGCGCCUCUUUCCGCAGCCUCUACAAGUGUGUGUUUGAGCAGUCCUUCUCUCAACAAGGUUUGAUGAGUCUCCCCUCGGACUCGGGGCCUCAGUCCAGGACGUCCUGCUCGUACCAGGCCUCUCACUUGCAGAUCCCCUCAGUCCCAGCACCGCACCACCAUCAGCACCUGCAGCAGCUGUCCCACCAGAGCCACGGCACGCAGCCCUGCUCCAGCGCCGACUGGUAUCCAAACCUGGACUGGCUCAAAGAGAGCUGCCGCAUUGCCACCAGCUACAACUGGGCCGACGUGGAUCUCUCGCCAUUUCAAGGUCUGAAGGAGAGCAUGCGUCAGGCCGAGCGCAACAACUGGACGUUAGACGCGGCGCAGAUGGCCGACCUCUGCUCGUCCAUAAACCAGUUCUUCACCGCGACCGGAGUGAUCCCCCCACAGGGCCCCCACCCGCCUCACCCGCCUCACCCUUCAGCCCAGGCUCAGCAGCACAGCGGGGGAGGCAUGCACCAGAAGAGCAGCCAGCACAACCAGCACGGACACAACCAGCACAUGAGCACAGGGAGUUUGUACAUGGACUCCAGACAGAACAUGUCUCUGAUGGGACCUCCUGGAUACUCGCACCUGUCCCCCAUCAACAACACUGCCCCCAGUUUAACAGGCCUCCACACUCAGCUGAACCAGCCCCAGCCGCUGCCCCUCGGUCCGGGCCACUUCCAGGUCCGACGCAUGCUCACCACCGACGACAUCCAGGACGACUUCGACUGGGACUCCAUCGUCUGA